ACAGCUCUGCUUGACAUUCCUUUACAAAACAAAACAAUAUCUUGCACACAAGCGUGCUGCAUUUCAUUUGCUGAUUUUAAUUGGAAAUAAUUUAAUUUCGACGCAUCAUCAAGGGCAUCAUUUAGCAUAGAUCACAUCAAAAACCAACAAAAUGUCUGAUAAAUAUGCGGUUUCAAAUAAGCUCCCUGCCAAGCAGGUGAAUGUAAUGACACAUCGCAAACGUCGUUUGCGUGAGGAACAAUCACAUCAUCGUGUCAAGCGACUGAAUCGUUCAUUCAAAUUGCGAAGCAAGAAGCGUGACUACAAAAAGCCCGAAUAUUUCAUUACGGAAUUUUUGAAAGCCGAACGUGAUGCCAAACGAAUGCGUCGUGUUGUUAUGAAAAACAAUUUCUUCCAGAGCGUUGACGACAACGAACCAAAACUAUUGGUUGUGAUGCGCCAUCGUGCUCACAAAAUUGCAUCAAAAGAAUGUAGUUUGAUUUUGAAUAGUUUGGGUUUGUCACGUUUACACAACACCGUUCUGCUGAAAAACAAUUCCGAAUCGUUGGCACUGUUGAAAUUGGUCGAACCGUAUGUGGUGUUUGGCUAUCCAACCAUUCAAACCGUUCGUGAUUUGAUCUUUAAACAUGGAUUCCUACGGAUAAACGGCAAACGCACAGCCAUCAACUCCAACAAACUGAUUGAAGAGCAUUUGGGCCAGUACGGAUGCAUUUGUAUUGAAGAUAUUGUUCAUGAUCUAUUCACCGUUUCGGAUAACUUCAAAAAUGUUCGCAGUUUACUGCUACCAUUUUCGCUAAAAGCACCCCGAGACGGAUGGUCGAAGAAGAUUGGCGUCAGCUACAGUCGAGGCGGCGAAUAUGGCAACCGAAAACAGGAGAUUAAUGCUCUUAUCGAACGUUGUUUGUAAAAUCUUUCAUUAUCUGCUCGCACUGUAAAAACAAUCUAUAGAAUAAAAUCCCGAAAAAAUAUUUGCGACAUUUGUGUCAACAGAACAUGGUGAUUUGAUUUUAAAUCGAGUAAAAAUUUUAGUUGUUAAAGAAUUUUUCAGAUUUUCAAAGCAAAACGACGACGCCUUUUUUUUGCUGAAAGAUAAUGACUGCAUUACGUAUUUAGUUUCGAUAUCUCUAUUUCGAUUAGUCAACGCAAAAAAACUGUCCAAACGUUCCAAAACAGAAUAGAGAGAGAAAACAAUCAGAUAAACUGCAUUUUGUGCUGAUGUCUCGUUCGAUUGGUUUUCGAUGCAUUUUUGUGUAACCGGAUAUUGUGUGCUAUUAGCUGAACGUUUUCCAAAAAUGCUCACCCGUCGUCGUCGUCGUCGUCGUUGUCGCACAAUCUAAACCUGUUUCGAUGAGUUCUCUGUAAACCAUUUAUUAAUACAAAAGUAAAUUGAGCGGCACCUUGAGGCACAUGCGAUUUGAUAGUACUUAGAAAUUGCGUCGCAUCAACAAUGUCAUUCCAAUUUUAGAAUUCAUAAAAAUUAUUUCAUUCAAAUUACUUGAUUUGAUCGUCAGUGUUAUAACCUUCUUUUUGGUUGGGUCCGUCGUCGAUUUGACGCCGUUGAAGAUAUAAAAAGAGAAAAAAAUAUACGAACCAAAGUCGAAUGGUUCGCACUUUGCUCUUUUUGGGUGUGCGUGAUCAUUGCGAGAAAAGUAUCACAUUGCGAAAAGGUAAAUGAUGAGCCAGAGCUUCGAACGGAUGAGAAGGAAGACCUCUGUCGAUUUUUAAUGAGCUCAUCGGAUGCUCAUGCACAUACAACCCAAAAUUAUGUGCAUGCACUUUGUUCUCUGCUAUCUCUUUGCCAAUUUUCUAACAGUUUAGUCGCAAAUCCGGAGGAGAUAAUGAAAAACCGUAGAAACGGUCGUAUCGAAUUAAAAGAAGACGCUCAGGUAGUAUAAAGGCACCGGAAUUUCAUACGUGACUGUCGUAAUUGCGCUCUUGCUGGGAUGCGAGGUGAUAACAGGACAACACGAAACAAUGACCAAUCAAAUCACAUACACGUAAGCAGUGAUAGAAUCAUACCCAAAGGAAUUCUGUAUGGUCAAACGCAAUUGAAUUGUUAUCAUCUGAAAAAUGUUUGCUGUCAUAUCAUCUUUGCAAAUGCGACUAUCCAUACUCCAUACGUAAAUGCUGUACGUGCUUUGAAAUCUUGCAUUUGUCUUAAUGCGCUUUUUGUCACACACUCAAAUAGAGAUAGUGUGCGACAUACUCAAUGUUUGGGUAUUUUUCCCAUUCUCUCUCUCUCUCUCUUUCUAUCUUAUUCGCAUUCGGAUAUUUCCAUUCAUAAGCACCAUAUAAAGUAGCAAGCAUACACACAUACUCGCACACAUAAGCCACCAAAAAUGUUUACUACUCAUUCCUCUUAUUCCGGCUUUUGACGUUCGCUUGUUUUCUUGUUUGUUGUUAUUGUUUACGUGUUUUACGUUACAUUCGUUCGUUUUUGUUUUUUUCUUGAGAAUCGAGGUUUGUCGUCAUCGUCAGAGCAUUUGUUUGCUUCGAAUAUUGACUGCAUAUCAUCGUCGAUUUGUGUUCAGUCUACCGAUGCUCAUUGAACUGGUUACACAAAACCUCUCGUAGUUUCCCAACUUCAUUGAAGCUGCUCGUUAAUAAAACAAAGUUGUUUACACAAAGUGAAAUCCAUCGAUUUGCGUUUGCCCAUAAAUUAGCAACAAAUUAAAACUUUCCCAAGUCGUAGACAAUAAAAGUGAUUAAAAUCCGGUGGAUUUGCGUAUUUUUCUUCAGUACCAGAGUUGAGUGUUGUUGAAGAAGAAAAACAAAAGACAGUUAAAGUUAAUUGUAACAAAAGUGAAGAGAAUUUUUAAUUCAAAAAAAUAAACAAAAUAGUAAAUUGGUGCAUAAUGAGAAACGGAAACGAUAACCGACUAAGCAAUAGUUUGGAGACAAUACCUGAGGAAGGAAAUGAUUUGCCACGAAUUAGUGAACUCAUACCAAAAUCACCGGAGACUCGGAAGCGAGAGGAAGAAUGCUCCCAACUGUAUGAAUCGCAUAAACAACACAUCGAAGCCUUCUACGAAAUGUGGAUCAUGCAACGCAGCCUGAAUUUAUUGAAACCCAAACGGAUCUUUCUCAACGAACGGUAUUUGGUGGGAAAUUACGUCGAUUAAAGCCAUGUAAAUCGUUUCGCAUCCAACAUCGUCGCCCACCACAAUGUCAACUUGACCAGCCAAAUUAUGUGGUGUUAAUUGCAAAACGAGUCCGUGUGGCGCGAGUCUGGUUGAUCGAAAUACACAUUUUUGGCAGCAUGGCGCUGGUUGUGUGAGCUUGUGUGUGAUAAAUGUGGUGCCAUUCCAUUUCAUUUACAUAACUAUGCGCUGUUUUACUACGCUAACGAUUUAUGAAUUAAAAAUGACUCAUUCCUGUUCGCUGAUUCUUAACAUUCAUCGUAAUCAUAAACUCAAGUCAUUGCUGAAUUCGCGGGAAUGACGCCGUGUUCCAUGAAAUUUGAAUCGUAAUUGAUUAACUGGUUUUCGCUAUGGCAUCACACACAAAUGAACAAAUUCAGCGCUAGUAAAAGGAGCAAAGACAAAACAGCAACAACAAAAACUUUCGUUCAAUUCAAACCGGAGUCACUCGUAUGUUAUCAGUAUUUUGGCAUCGCACCAUUUAUUAAAGGCUUACUUGUUUUUUUUUUUUCGGUACUUUGUAUUUUGUUUCAAUUGACCAAGGUCACAUUGUUGUUAUGGUUUUUGAAAAUGAAAUUGUUCGCCAAUAUUUUUUUUUUCUAUGAAAAAGAGAGACGUAACCGUUUGUCGUUUUAAGGUCCAAUACACCAAAAUGGAACAGAGAGAGAGAGAGAGAAAGAGAAAAAAAGCAGUUGUACAUAGUCAACGAUCAGUUUUAGGCAUUACGUGUACAGCUAAACUUGUAUUUUUUUUUGUUUAACUAAGUGUAGACAACGAUCCAAACUAGAGUAGCAAUAAAUUUUUAUUAAACACAAUUGUUGUGAGGCAUUUCUUUUCGGAAAUGCCUUUUUCACAGCAGCGUCAAAUUGAAAACAAACCAUUUAUUGCUGUUAUCGACUAAACCUUAGGCUAAGAAUCGAGCUAAGAAUAGAAAUAAAGAAUAUUUUUUGAAAUUGAA